AUGAAAGACAAGAAUAGGAAACGCGAUGUGGCUCSGCCGUCUGUGCUAAAGUCCUGGUUCAACCGGGAGAAUGAUUUGGCAGUGUCACGGGCUCGGUUGUGUCCUCAAUUGAGUGUUUCGCCGUUGCUGGUUGGUUUUGACGAUCGCAUCGAUUCGGACAUGCUGCAAGAUGCGUUUACGUUUGUCCAUAUCAUGCAACAGGCGAUGUAUCCCAUUGAAAACUGCAUAGAUACUCGCGAAGAUGACCGCCAUUGGUAUGAAGAUCUAGUCCAUGAUCCCGAGUAUGCCCAGACUAUCUGCAUUAGUGCUCGGGCGUAUUUUGAUACCAUCACGAGUCAGACAUUGGAGUCGACUGCUAUCACACAGAUGAAUAGAGGUAUCGCCAUGCUUCGGCGGAAGCUAGUGGACGUCGACAUACUGGUCACUGACUCCAUGAUAUUUCUUGUCCUGGCACUCGCUAUGAUCUCAGAAGUGUUUAAUGAAUUUGAAGCCGCUGAAAAGCAUCUCUACGGUUUAUAUCAACUAAUCGAUCUCCAUGGAGGAUCCAAGCCGCUUUUCUUUUCUUACAAUGAUUGUUUAUGGGAGCCAUACCUCGCCAAGUCCAAGAGACUUGCUAUGACCCCACAGCUGGAUGCUUUGUUCCAAACGAUUGACGAGCGCUUGAUGAAUGUAUGGCUUGAUCUCCGUGAACUUGCCACGGCUGUGGACCUUGCACACGAGACUGGACGACAAUUGUCACCGGUUCUUUUCCAAGAGACGUUGUUAUCGGUACUGUAUCGUCUAGAACGACUCUCAUUUGAUAUUCAUGACCGGAAUGAGCUUUUGAGAAAGACAUUGCUCAUCUUUGCAACUACUACAUUUCUAUAUCCCGACUUGGUCUCGGUGAUCCAUCGCGAUUUAAUAAGAGAUUUCGGACAGAAUAUCGACCUUUUGAAUCUCUGCAACGAUCAACAGUCGCUAGAAUUGAGUCUUUGGGUGAUAUAUGUUGUUGGGCCUGGCCAUAAUAUCUCACAUGACCUUGCCUGGCUACACCAGAAGGUGCUCCAAACAAGCCGCGCGCUGAACCUCCACAGUUGGUCUGAGAGUAGACAGCUCCUAAAAAGCUUCCUUUGGGUGGAUGCUGUCAGAAACAAAGCCGGAGAAAAACUUUUCGACGAAGCUCGGCAGUAUAAUUGCACUCAUGAGCAAGCCCCAUAG